UUUCCCAGCAAAUAUCCCCCUUUGCCCCCGAGCGGCGAAUCUGCGGGGGCUCGUCUCGUCGCUAGCUCAGUUUAGGCGGUUGUCAGGGAGAAGCAAGAUGGCGACCGCGACGGAGGAAGACACGGAGCUGAGGGAUCUCCUCGUGCAGACGCUCGAGACGAGCGGGGUGCUGAAUAAAAUCAAGGCAGAAUUGCGAGCAGCUGUAUUUUUAGCACUAGAAGAGCAAGAGAAAGUAGAGAACAAAACACCACUGGUAAAUGAAAGUUUGAAAAAGUUUUUAAAUACAAAAGAUGGUCGAUUGGUGGCUAGUCUGGUUGCUGAAUUUCUUCAGUUCUUCAAUCUUGAUUUUACUUUGGCUGUCUUUCAGCCUGAAUCAAGCACAUUAAAUGGGCUUGAGGCUCGAGAGAAUUUAGCACGGGACUUGGGAAUUAUAGAAGCUAAAGCUACAAAAGAAGGGCCCUUACUGCUGGAAGUGAUCAGAAGAUGCCAGCAGAAGAAGGGAGUGUCUAACUUUGGAGAGGUAGCCCCUAUAAUAUCUGAUGGUAUACAUUCUCCUCCAAAAUCAUCAGAUGGAAGAUCUAACAUACACUCAUUGCCAAGUAAGAUACCAAGGUAUAAAGGACAUCGUAAACAGAAAUGGUGCUUGGACACAACUGAGCAGGUUACUGGAACAAGUCAUAGCGAUACAAGCAUCUUGUCUGGAGAAGCAAAGAGUAAAGGCAGCAUUCACUUCUUACCCAAUGAAACAAAACUAAUUUCUCAACCAAACAAAGAUACAGAUACCAAAGAAAAGAAUAAUCUAGCAGUAGAAGAUGAUGCAGAGGGAGAUUCCUUCUUUGAUGAUCCCAUACCAAAACCAGAACAACCGUAUGACUGGAAGAAUGACUCUAUCAAGGAAGGAAAUGCUUCUCUUUCUGAUGUACCACCUAUAAAGACUGGUCUGAGCUCUUUGUCUGGAGCACCUCCUCUAAAAAAGUCUGACAAUGCAAACUCAAUUUUGAAAGAGGUAAAGAUGAUGAAUUCUAAAUUUGGAUCACUUGAACUAGGGGAUGAAGAUGAAUAUGCUGAUGACUUCAAUAGUACUAGUCAUCGGUCAGAGAAAAGUGAAGCCAGCAUUGGUGAAGAAAUAGAUGAUAUUUCUGUGGAAUUAGAUGACUUCAAUACUAGUGAUAAACUUGAAGACUUCACACAAGAUUUCACCAUUUCUCAGUUAAGUGGUGAAGCAGAUUACUUAGAGGAUGUUGCAUGAGUAGAACAAGCAAAGAUCUUAAUUUGUUGACUUGAGGAACUUUGUAGACUCUGUUUUAAGACAAUCACUCUGCUGAAAUAUCCCCUCCCAAAUUGUGCCUUGUGUUUCAACAGAAACUCCCCAACAAACUGGAGUUGGGAAAAGAGUUUUUAAACUUGUAAGAACUGAAAGAAGAAUUUUGGAGCGUGGUAUUGCGGUCUCGUUAAGCUAAUUCGUAUGUGUAAUGUCAAAUAUUUCCCAGAAAGAUGUCCGUUGCAGGCGACAGACACAUCAAGAUGAUUGAUCUACAAUAAUUCAUAUGGGAAGAGAUCUACAAAACAGAUAAACAGUGACAAACAUGGCUUAAUGUCAUGGCAACCAUUUGGCUUUUUGCUGAAGAACAAACAGUAUUUCAACUUGCUCUUCUGUUGACCUAAUUAAAAUUACAGUUUUUCUCUCUUAGCUGUUGAAAUUACUUUAGUGGCCAGGAGAUAAUGAACCAAGAUCUUCAAAACUGACUUGUUAGAAUGCCUAACAUGAGGCAUAUUAAAAUACUUUAGUGGCUAAAUCAUGAAUCCCUGUGGUUUCUAGUAAGUUGGUCCCUUGUUGCAACUUAGGUGCUUAGUUUUGCAUGGCCAAGAUCACUAGGUACUUCUGAAAAUUGCAGCUGGAAUAUGAGCCUUAACUCUAAACUUAUUUUUAUAUAUUUAAACAUUUGUUAUUCUAAGAUAGCCUUUUGUUUGUUAAUUUAAUGAAAGCUAUAAAUGGUUAUUAGCAUGAGGGUUUUUUCUUUGAAACACAGCUUAAUACUGAAUAAAACUAUUCCAAGAAGGA